GCUGGAGGAGCUUGAGAGGCAAAUGGCGUGGCUGCUUGUGGAGUACGCGCUGCCUGGCGUGGGGCGGGCGGGAGAGUAUCCGGAGGUGUGCAGGGCGUUGCUGGAGGUAGUGGCAACGGAGCUGCUGCCGAGAAUGGGGGCGUUCGCCGCCGUGGUGGCGAAGCAGACGUGCUACGGCGUGCUCGAGCUGCUGCGAAACCCGUACACCGCGUUUUCGCCAGCGACGAUCGACGCGGCGGUCGCGAUGCUGGAGCAACUGGCGGCGCAGGGACGCGGGCUGGCGAGCGUGCGCUACGACGUGCUGGCGUGUCUUCUGAAGGUGGCACAGCGGCUGCACAAGUACGAGGUGCGCGACGCGGACGAGGUGCGAGCGAAAAUCGCCCGCUUUGUUUUGCAGCUCGAGCUGACACAACAAGAAAGAGACCGCGUACAAAAAUUUCUUCUCCAAACGACACAGUGAAGACAAGACGGAUGCCCAAGUUUCUGACGCAAUCGCGCGACGCGCUGCGGGAGAAGUACGUGGAGAUCAACCGGCGCGAGAAGAGCCGGCUGGUGGAUGCGAUGCGGCACAAGGCGCAGUCGGAGUGGUCGUACGAGGCCGGCGCGCGCAACGGGGACCGCAACCGGUACAGUGACGUGCUGCCGUUCGAUAAGAACCGGGUGCGGCUGGGCAGCGCAGACAACGACUAUAUCAAUGCGUCGUGGAUCGAGCUGACCUGUGGCGACAGCGUGGGGCGGUACAUAGCGACCCAGGGCCCGACAGCGGCGACGUGGAGGCAUUUCUGGCAGAUGUGCUUUGAGCAGUGUGUGGAGGAGGUGGUGAUUGUGAUGCUGACGCCACUGUUUGAAGGCGGGCGUGAAAAAUGCUACAAGUACUGGUCGGAAAAUGAUUUCCGCGCCGGGGACUGGCUGGUGCUGGAAUUUGGCGGCAUGCGCGAAAGCGAGAGCGGGCAUUUCACGGUGCGGCACUGGACGCUGCGGGAUGAGGCGAGCGGGGCACUGAAGCCGGUGACUCAGUACCAGUUCCACGAGUGGGCGGAUUUCAGCGCGCCCGAGCAGGCGACGUCGCUGGUGGAGCUGAGCAGCAGCGUGCACUCGCACAACACAAGAGACCCGAUUGUGGUGCACUGCUCGGCCGGCGUGGGGCGGUCUGGCACGUUCAUUGCGGUGGACUACUUUCUGCAGCACUGCACAGCGGCGCUGACGGCGCCGGGCACCGACGACGCGCGCGAGGACUUGAUCACGCCGGUGAACAACCACGAAGUGCGGGACCCUGUGCUGGAGAUCGUGCUGGAGCUGCGCAGCCAGCGCGUGCUGAUGGUGCAGCAGUUCGAGCAGUUUGCCUUCAUCUACGACUGUCUGCGGCGGUACUACAUCGGCAGAUACCUCAACAAAACGUGAGCGGAAAAACGAG